AUGUUGCGGGAUUACGCACAUGGAUGCACAUGCCGUAUAUGCCGGCGGGAGUUCAGGGUGGUUAGGCCCAUAGAGGGCGGCGCGAACGGCAAAAUACACCUCGCCAGAUUUGUGGGUGUGAGAUCCAAUUUCGACCUCGAGGUGAUACUGAAAAGCAUUCCCGUCGGAGACGUCUCUAACAUAUCGGUUACACAGGAAGAGUGCCGCAAAUUGCUCAGCCUGAAUCACAGGUACGUUAUGAAGUACUAUGAUGACUUUAUCCACCGAGAGUGGGGCUGGAACCCACUCAGUCGCGCCACGCUCUACUGUGUCAUCGUCACGGAAUUUUGUGAACGAGGAAGUCUGGCCGACCUCAUAGAACAGGAGUACGAGACCUUCACCGAGGAAUACAUCGUCACAUUGUUCAAGAAAAUCGCAAAGGCGCUCAAGUAUAUCCACGACCACUCGGUUAUACAUCGAGACAUAAAAAGCCCCAAUAUCAUGUUGAAAGCAAACAAUGUAGUACGACUUGGAGAUUUCGGUCUAUCGGACACUUUCGCCACAAAGAGGUCAAGGAGGCUGGCAUGCCGUGCGAACAUACUCGAAAUUGCGGCUAAAACUAAGGUAACUGCAAACCGGAGGACGAAAGUGUCGGUGGGCUACAGUGACGAAGGCUCACCAUCCAGUGCAUCGAUUAUGACGCGAAAUCAAAAUAUGGACGGUGAUGUAGAAGGGCUGGCAACACCUAAAAGUGAGGCAUUUAGCACAUACAACAACUCUGGAGAUGUGUCAUCAACCAACACAUCUGUAGGUGAAGGCCUGCACACCGACGAUGAGACAUCGUAUGAGAUGUCCGACUGGGUUUCGCCGUUCAGCUCAGGGGAUCUAGAUGAGUCCAUCGAAACCGCAGCAGAAGACACAGAAGUGCCAAACUCAAGAACAAAUACCGCAAACUGUCGUCAUGAAAAGGCGCACAGCACGCUGGCCUUCUACGAGGAAGGCUCUUCGAAUCAAAGGCCCGUAGGCACGCAUUGUUACAUGGCUCCUGAAAGCAUACAAAAGUGUGUGUAUGGCAGGGCAGGCGACAUCUGGGCUUUGGGUUGCGUACUAUUGGAAAUGUGCAGCGGUGUGUUCAUGUGGGAGCUGUCGUACAACCUCGGUGAAUGCCCUGAAAAUGUCCCUAUACUCGUGUCGCAGCUACCACCCAUGAUCUCUAGGAGCACACGGGCACUAAUUUCAAGCAUGUUGUCGGUAGACCCGAAACUGAGGCCUUCAGCAGCCCAGAUUCUCAAGUCACCUGCCGUCAAAGGAGUCACACCUAACCUAGCAACGCAAGACUCUACAUGUGUGCGCGUCUAA